AAUUAAUUUUUAACAUAGUUUUAUAUUUUUCUAGUGAAAAAUGGCAUCUCGCAAGAAAGUGUUGCUGAAAGUCAUUAUCCUUGGAGAUUCAGGAGUUGGGAAGACCUCUCUGAUGAAUCAGUAUGUUAAUAAGAAGUUUAGUAAUCAAUACAAAGCGACAAUAGGAGCAGAUUUUUUGACCAAGGAAGUUAUGGUAGAGGAUAGAAUAGUCACUAUGCAGAUUUGGGAUACCGCUGGACAAGAGAGGUUUCAAUCGUUAGGAGUGGCUUUUUAUAGAGGCGCAGAUUGUUGUGUACUGGUAUUUGAUGUAUCUGCUCCAACUAGCUUUAAAUCUCUAGAUUCAUGGAGGGAUGAAUUUUUAAUUCAAGCCUCUCCUCGAGAUCCAGAUAAUUUUCCAUUUGUCGUGCUUGGGAAUAAAGUAGAUCUUGAAUCAAGAGCGGUUUCAAGCAAGAGAGCACAACAAUGGUGUCAAUCAAAGAAUAAUAUUCCAUAUUUUGAAACUAGUGCAAAAGAGGCUAUUAAUGUCGAACAAGCUUUCCAAACGAUAGCUAAGAACGCUUUAGCUCAAGAAAGUGAAGUUGAACUUUACAAUGAAUUCCCGGAUCAAAUCAAAUUGACCAAUGACCAAAGAAACAAUGGAAGAGGCGAUUCAUGUGCUUGCUAGGUCUUGGCACUUAGUGGUAAUAUCUCGAAUGACUAAUAAAAAAUGCAGGUCAGAUCACGUACAUUCACAUCAUCUGCGCAUAAAGGAUGCGAAAAAUAUAUUGCGAUGAGAGCUUUAUGUAUGCAGGAAGUCAUGAAGUAUAUUUCUUUAUCUCAACGUAUUAUACAAUCUCUGUAAAAAAAAUAUCGAUAUUCUUGUAGUUUUUUUUUUUUUAAAUCAGUGUAAAGACAGUAACGAGUUUAAAUCCAUACGUAAAAGAAUGUGUACAAACUAUCUCUUUCUACUCAUACAUACAUGCGCGCGUGUGCGCAUACAUACAUACAAAAAAAUUGUUUUUAUAAACGUGUGAGAGAUACAUUUAUUCGACUUCCUGACCUGGAAUAUCACAGUUUUGAAUUAUGUACUCCCGCUGAACUUGACUUGUCAUAUGUAGAUCCUUUAUCUAUAUGUUAUUCUUUAAGUCAAGGAUUUGCAUCUCGUUUCUAAGUAUUGUUUUUAAAUAUGCUCUCUUAUCGGGUAUGGCGAAACAUAUGAACUAUCUUCUUUCUUAAUCUCAUUCUUGAUAGUUUCGCGUGAUUGAUUUUCACCCAAACAAUAAUAGCUCGUGAUUUUCAAACGAUAUAUACGAGUCGUUAUUGCACCAGAAAGGAUAAUAUAUGGACCGGGAACACAGUUAGCGGUAUACAGUUAG